AUCCAAAAUGGAGAAAACUGAUGAUACAAGGGCCAAACAUCUUAUGAAAUGCAACUAUUUAUAGACUUGUUUUGCUAUAGGGAGGCUGGUGAACACGCUGAAUACGAAUUACCUCAGUUCUGCAGCUUUCUAUGUCUUUUUAAUGCAUUCUGUUUCAGGGUCACUUUCAAUCAAUAUUUCAUUUACUUACUGAGAUUGAAUGGGCGCUCUGAGACACAGUGUGCUGUUUAUCAUACAGAUUGGACACCUCAUUCUAGAUCCAAGAUCUUUUCCUCAACACUGGGAGCUGUCCUUUCAGCACCACAAAAUUACUGCUUGAAGUUGCAUUGCAGUUUUUUUGUUUUUUCUUUUUGUUUGUUUGUUUGUUUUUUUUUUUCUUUAUCACUGGGAGCUUUUCUUUCAGCAACACAACAUUGCACCUAGAGUUUUUAAACGGCUGCCUUCCUCUUUGCACUGAAGACCAAUUUCGUCUGCACUUCCAGUUAUUGCUAUUACCUGUAGGACUUUCAAUCCUACUUCACUUCACCCACCCCACUCCUGAAACAGUUAAAUGUAUCUAUUUCUGUGGAAGUCAUUUUCUCAUUGAAUGAUUAGAAACAAAGAUAAAUUCUAACCUGUAACGGCUCAUUUCGACUCAUUGCUUACAAUAGAUCUAAGCUCUUUUUUCUGCUUAUUCGACUCCUUCCAGCUUCCCAUCACAUCUGUAACAAACUUUUAAAAUGAUAUUGCCACACCACCAUGCACAAGCCUACCUGCACAGUAGAGAUAGAUUAUUCCAUCGCAUUCAGAUGGUUAACAGAGGUUAGCAAGUCCUGUAUUAUAUAUUUAUAUCGCUUUCUAAGAAAGUGCAUAUUAAUGUUUAUUUUAAGAAUGUGUAAAUGGUGCUAUCAAGAAUCUGAUAAAUUUUAUCCCAGUUUUUUGUGUACCACUUCUAAUGUAUGAGAUUUAUUUUUUUAUUGGAAAAAAAUAAACAGUAUGAAAGCAUUAAAUUGGUAGAUUUUAGUAAUUUAACAAUGAAUGGAAUCCAUAUGUUACAGGCCCUAUCUUUCCUUGGAAAUUUUAAUGGUGGUAAUAGAUUUCAACAAAGGUACUGAUAAUCAUAUUCCUUUUAAUUCAUUCUUAUAUUUCAGUCUUGAUUCAUAUGCUGAUUCCUCACUGAGUCCUUAAGUAAAGUUUAUUUACUUAAUAAUUUUAUUUACUGUAAUUCUUCUCCAAGAAGGGAAUUCUUGCUUUCCAAAGCAGCAAUUGAGAGAUGAAAAUAUAAUUUAAUACUCCUUACAUCACAGGCACUAUUUGAGACUAGUUACUCUGUUAGUAGGAGAAAUAUUCAUCACUCAUUAAAUACAGGGCAAGCAUGGCUAUACACAAUAAUUUUGAGUGCAAUACAAUCUUAUAAAUUUAAUGUGCACACGUUACUUAACUGAGGCAAACAGCCAUAUAAAAUUGCAUAUGAUUAGAAAACAGGAUGAACUCAUUUUGCCUUCUGCUUGGUUUCUCAUAAACAUGAAUACAUAAUAUUGUUAUGCACUGUUGUUCAUAGAUGUCUUUUUACCUAAAGGGUAAGUAUCAUAAUACUUUAACAGAUUAUAUUUGGAAAUCUGCAUGUUAUUUUUUGUUUCAUCAGAUAUGUGCCCCAAAUAAAUAACUUUUUUUUUCAAAAAAUGAAAGUAUUAGAGAACUUGUCAUGUUAAUUUUGAAAAAUAUUGAGGUAUAGUACUAGAUAGGAUGUCAUUCCACUGGUCUAUAUAAAUAAAAAAAAAAUGUUCUUGAAAAUUGAAGCAUUACCUUGUAUAAUAAAGUACAUCGAAUCAGAGUUGUAAAUAAAAUAUUGUUUAAUUCUAAAGUAUUCAAUAUUUUGAUUAGACUAUUUUUUUAAGGAAAAAUAUUUAACGUGUAUGUGCCGAAUUUUUUUUAAAUAGUUUUUUAUAAUUGCAAUGGAAAGGCAAUUGUCUCAUUACAAAGUGGUACAGAAGCCAAUACUUGGGUUGCCAUAGAUAUAUAAAAAAGCAAAAACUGUGGAACACGUUUUAAGCUCAUUUUGGAAAAAAAAAAAAAAACAGUUCUGUAGAAAUGCAUAUUUGUAUUUGUUUCUCUAAUAAAUCUUCAAAUAGCUUUAAAAACAAA